AUGGACGCCUUCGAGUACAAUCCCAACCCCGGCCGCGUCGUCUUCGGCAGCGGCACCCUGCAGAAGCUCCCUGAGGAAAUCACCCGGCUGCAAGUCAAGGCGCCAUUGGUCCUCUCAACACCGCAGCAGGUCAGCCAGGCCGAGAGUGUCAAGAAUGUCUUGAAGGGCCAGGUGGCCGGCAUCUUCAGCGAGGCUACCAUGCACACCCCGACUCAUAUCACCGAGAAGGCAUUGGAAUAUGCCAGGGCGCAGGGUGCCGACUCGGUCAUUUCGAUUGGAGGUGGAAGCACGAUUGGACUCGGCAAGGCGAUUAGCAUUCGCACUGGACUGCCGCAUAUUUGCAUCCCGACGACGUAUGCAGGCAGUGAGAUGACUCCUAUCCUGGGCGAGACGGCCGAUGGAUUGAAGAAGACUCGCUCUGAUCCUAAGAUCCUGCCUGGCACGGUGAUAUACGAUGUGGACUUGACGAUGACCCUGCCGGCAGCUAUGAGUGCUACCAGCGGUGUCAAUGCGAUUGCCCAUGCUGUCGAGGCUCUCUACGCCCGCAACACCAACCCUAUCAUUAACAUGAUGGCCAUUGAAGGCACCAGGGCCCUCGCAUCCGCCCUCCCCGAAAUCGUGGAGAACCCUUCUUCUCAAUCAGCCCGGUCCAAGGCCCUCUACGGCGCCUGGCUGUGCGGUACUUGCCUGGGCAGCGUGGGCAUGUCCAUCCACCACAAGCUCUGCCACACUCUGGGCGGCAGUUUCAACCUCCCCCACGCGGAGACCCACACUGCAGUCUUGCCCCAUGCCAUUUCAUACAAUGCUCCAAAUAUUCCAGAGGCCAUCAAGCAAUUAGCUGAUGCUUUGCCGGAUAGCAAUGGCGAUGCUAUCCACGGUCUUAAUGUGCUGCUUGAAAAGCUGAAGGUCAAGCGUGGCCUCAAGGACUUUGGUAUGAAGGAAGAGGAUAUUGACAAGGCUGCUGAUAUUGCGGUCUCUAAUCCUUACUGGAAUCCUCGUGCGAUCGAGCGGGCUCCUAUUCGCGAGUUGAUUCGCCGAGUUUGGGCGGGUGAGCCAGCUAAGGCGAAUUUGUAG